GCUGAGGACGCGUUUAACGACAAAGGAUUUGAGUUCCAGUCUCUACUGUCCUGACCUUUACGUUUUUCCCUCCCUGUCAGUGAGCGUUUGGUUCACAGCUUCAGACGCAUACUACGGUAGAGUCGCGUUUGCUCUCUAGUACAGUAGAGCUGCAAUCCUGGGUGGAGUGCACGGUACCGUCACGACACGACAUGUCACGUCGUUUGCUGCCGUUCGUCCCUCACUGUUUGUAAGUAAACUUCUGGGAAAACUGGAGCGCAGUCACGGUUUUUGCUUCAAAAUGCAUUCCACGCAAAACACUGAAAAUGUGGAAUGUAUACAAGCUAGCUUGAGGGUCCGGUGGGGGUGUGUUAUGUUCGAGGGAAUACCUGAACUGCAUUGUGAAACUGUUUUCGUGACUGCGCACUAGUUGCCCCUAAAGUUUGUUAACGGAGCAAUGCCCCUAAACUCUUUCAAAGGAGCGAUUCAACGCAGUAGAAUAGAAGAGAAGAGACGAGAAGGAAACGGCGACCUGUGUCGGUCGAUGCGAUAGUGCAGGGAAUGAAUUGAGAAGCUUACUAGGAGGAAUCCCCGGACUGUUGAGAUUGGCAUUUUGCUUACUCCAUGGAUCACAAGUGRAGUGUUUGAGAUUACUUGGAAAGAUUCAAUCCUCCUGGAAUUCUCAUCAUUGAAAAAUAUAAGCGUUUCCGUUGUGUUCAUCCAUAAUGAUUGCACAAGAGCUCUUUCCUUUGGCUUGUGUUCUUUUGACUAUGCGUGCUGGUCUCUACCAAUAUUCACAACUUCCCUUCGGCUCUGUUCAACUGCAUCUCUAUUCCCCCUUUUCCCUCUCCGUCCGGGGCCAUCCUCGCCCUCUCUCUCUCUCUCUCUCUCUCUCUCUCUCUCUCUCUCUCUCUCUCUCUCUCUCUCUCUCGCGCGCGCGCGCGCGCGCGCGCGUUGUUGCCGGGAACUUUUCUGCAGAGGACAUAAGCAUGGGUUCGUUUACCAACGCUGCCGUUGCUCUUAACCUUGCUGCUAACCCUGCUGCAGCUUCUGCUCCCGGUGUUGCAGGUGAUGGUCGUUUGCUCUUGUGUUCUGUGCUCUCUUCACACUUCAUGAAUGCAGUAUGUGCCUUUCACAUGGUUUCAAGGGCAAUGUUUCGGUGGUCUGAGCAGGGCUGGGUGGGGGAGGGGAGAAGAGGGGGGGAACGGUUACAGAGGAGUGGGCAUCUGGUUGCCUUCCUCAGGCAAAGGUCUGUGCUAGGUAUGGUGGACACCACCGUCCGUCUCUUCCUGUCGGAUAGGAAGUGUACGCCCAACUCACUGGAGGUCUGGGACAAUUCCGCUUAUUCCAACGUGGGAACUCGCGGAACAGAUCCUAUAGUCAUGGAGGCGGGAGAGGGAAGAGAAGAUGGAAGGGCAGGAGAAAGAGGACAUGGUGCCGGGGUAGGCGGGGAGGGAUUUCGUCCAUCGGUUAUGUCACCUGUCUACGCGAGCAGUCUGACCCAUGCGCGUUACAAUGUUAAUGUUCCUCCAGAUGAUGCACACGAUUAUCCUUCCUUGUCAGAUUUGCCAGCUCCGACACUUCAGCGUUUAGUUGCUCAACUUGUAGAAGUUGUGCAUCAAAAAGACAAAGAUAAACAAGUGGAGAUAGAGCAGAGACAGAGGGACAGGGAGUAUGAGUUGCAGCGAAAAGAGGUGGACAUGCAGCGGAGAGAGGACGAGGUUCAACGCCUUCAGCAAGGGCUACACUGGGUUUGCUUUAUGUCACGGCUGAGUGUCGACGGUCAGCAUAGUGGACAUCAUCCUCUCCCCAAGGACAAGGGAGGACGCAGUGGCAUGGGUCGAGGUGGGCGAAGGGAGAAAGCAUCAGAUGGAGCUAGAGGUUCAUGUCAUGGGGGUGGCGGUCGGGGACAAGGCAGAGGAGCUUCCACUGUCAUUCCAACAAGUGUGUUGGAUAUAGACACAUUAGACGAGGUGCUUCCGACCGAGCCAGCCAAUGAUGGUGGUAUUGAUAUUGUAUUACACCGAUUGUCCACUCACGAUGACGAUCAUGCAGUCGAUGCAUUGGUAUAUGAUGAUGAUGAUGGGGUAGAUGGUGGUGGAGAUGAGUCUGACGUAGACGAUGCUGAUGCAGAUGAUGAUGGUGCAGACGAUGAUAAUAGUGAUGAUGGGUGGCGUGACUCUUUCCUUGAUCCAGGGGAUAGUGAGGAUAUCUUUGAGGAGGGUGCAUUACGUACUCAUGGACUAUCUGUAGUACUUCAUAUGGACGAUGAUGCACAAUUGAGGAAUGCAACAAAUGCUGAAACAAUCAGAGACAAUGAAGUGUCCGCAUGUGACAUUGGCAUUGCAAAUAAGAUGUUCGUACGUUUGCAGAGUCGUGCACUUCGCGCUUUUCAUUGUUGAAGUAUUUGUCGGGGUAUGAUAUUGAUGCAGAUAGUUAUUGGAGUGUAUUGUAUUCUCCG